UGUAAAGACGAUAUACGAUAAGACAAGAAAGGAGCAUGAGGGUCCUAUUAACUCUGUGUCUUUUGGCAUGUUUAGGGUAUGUGCUUGGGCAUGGCCCGUACUGCUGCGCUCCUGACCAAUGGGAAGGCACUAUCCAAAUGCUUGAGGGGUACGCUACACCGGGACACCCACCAGGAGCAGAAACGGGUACUACCGAGACGCACUUUGAUUUCACCAAUCAGAGGGAAGCUACUUUCUCCAACCUGAACGCUGGGCUUGUCAACACUCAGUUCCGAGUCCUUAAAGACUACAAAAAGCAAACUCAGUUCACUUAUCACCCAGACAGUGGUGCGUGUGAGAAGAAAGACCUUCCUUAUCCUCUCGUAAGGACUUGCCCUCCAUACAGCGCGGUAAAGCUAGACCCGGUGGUGUUCGGCGGGGGUUCAGACAAGGCCAUCGUUGACAUGUACAUGCUCGCCAAUCCCACGUUUAACGAGACUUUCGGCUUCACACGGGACAAAUGCCUGCCGUUCACCCGGGCGUUGUGGGGCAGUGUAGCUGGAGACCCUCUAAUGCAGAUCUACAGCUACAUAAAUCUAACUAUCGGUAUCAAAGACACCUCCGUCUUUGACGUGCCUUCGUCAUGCAAGAGUUAAGUUGUGAAAUGAAAAAAAUGGUGGAUUUGUCAAAAUAAAUUU